AGUGCACUUGCAGUCGUUAUAACACACACACACACACACAAACAAAUUCAAAAUUAUAACACACGGUGCACUUGCAGUCGACCGUUAUCACCCCAAAACUCCCGGAAGAAGAAGAUUCAACAAUGGCGAGAACCAAACACCCUGCUAAACGCAGUUCAGGCAUACCAGCAGACGGUAGAUCAUCCACUUCAACAAACACACCAAGAAAGAGUCCGAGGAAGAAUCGAGGUGGAGAAAACAGGAAGCCGCAUAGGUUUAAGCCUGGGACACAGGCGCUACGUGAGAUUAGGCGUUUGCAGAAGACGGUUGAACUGAUCAUUCCGGCUGCUCCGUUUAUUCGAACUGUAAAGGAGAUAAGCAACUACAUGGCCCCUGAAAUCACUCGCUGGCAAGCCGAAGCUCUACAAGCCCUUCAAGAGGCAGCAGAAGAUUACCUAAUUCAGUUGUUUGAAGACUCAAUGCUAUGUGCGAUUCAUGCAAAGCGCGUUACCCUCAUGAAAAAGGAUUGGGAGUUGGCACGGCGGAUUGGUAAGAAAGGGCAGCCAUGGUAGUUAGAAGAAGCAGAGAAUUGUUGUACUCUGUAGUGUGUACAAGUAUGCAUAUGUGUGUGAUGAAAAUAGGUACAUCAUUAAUUAGCCUAUUGAACUUAACUUGGAAUGCUAGUUAUGUUAUUCUAUUAGUGCUUUAUAAAUGGUCUGCAAAAUUUAUAAUUGGGUUUUGGUGAAAAAUAUAUUAGCGCGGUGUAUUUUUAGACAAUGAGACAGUAAGCCUAAAGAGAUAGAGGGGUGUGGCAUUUUGUAGUUAUUUUGGUUUUUAACAUGAUGGUUUAUGUGAUUACCAUUUUGUGUA